AGAAGUUUUUUUUUUUUUUUCUCCUCCUUUAUUUAUUUUCUCAGGUGAGACCUGACUGGAUGACCUUCCCCCCUUUUGGUUUCGUUAAGAAUCGGAUACUAAAUUGUAAAGGUGCAAGAUUUGAUUUUUAGUAAGAAGAGAAGGUCCGCAACUUCCAUCAUGGUCGCCGCCGUUGCUGCCUCAUCAUCCUUCUACCAGGUGCCAACUUCCUCCUCCUCGGCCUCGGCAAAAGCUUCGAGAGGCGUCCCCCCCAAUAGUUUGGAUGUCCGGGGCAUCGUCGCGAAGGCGGCGUCUUCUCCCGGGGGCAUGCAGGUCAAGGCAAACGCCCGAGCCAUCCCCAAGAUCAACGACACCAAGGUUGGCCUGCAAACCGACGUCGAGGAGGAUGCUGCUUCAACGGCACAGAGGACUUCAUAUGACCAAUUGCCGGACUGGAGCAUGCUGCUUGCUGCGAUCAGGACCAUCUUCUUGGCCGCGGAGAAGCAAUGGACCCUGCUCGAUUCGAAGACGAGGCGGCCCGACACGCUUGCAGAUGCAUCCGGGGUUGGGAAGUUGGUCGAGAAUGGACUUGUUCACAGGCAGAAUUUUUCUAUCAGGUCCUACGAAAUCGGGGCUGAUCAAAAAGCCUCGAUAGAGGCAUUGAUGAAUCAUUUCCAGGAAACUUCGCUUAACCAUUGCAAGUGUAUCGGCCUUAUGCAUGGCGGCUUUGGUUGCACACCGGAGAUGACUAGAAGAAAUCUGAUAUGGGUUGUCACGAAAAUGCUGGUUCAUGUCGAACGCUAUCCUUUGUGGGGAGAUGUUGUUCAAAUAAACACGUGGAUUAGUUCAUCUGGAAAGAAUGGUAUGCAACGUGAUUGGCAUGUUCAUGACCGCCAAACUGGCCUAACCAUCAUGAGGGGGACCAGUGUCUGGGUCAUGAUUAAUAAACACACGAGGAGACUGUCUAAAAUGCCUGAAGAAGUUAGAGCAGAGUUAGCCCCUUUCUUUGCAGAGCGCGAUGCUGUUUUGGACGAAGACAGCAGAAAACUUCCUAAGCUUGAUGAUGAUUCCGCAGGUUAUGUUCGAAGGGGCUUAACUCCUCAUUGGAAUGAUUUGGAUGUAAAUCAGCAUGUGAACAAUGUCAAAUACGUUGGCUGGAUUCUUGAGGAUGUUCCAUGAGCUUUAAUAGAAAUUUAGCUAAUCUUGCGGGGGAAGUGUGUAUAUAUAACUUGUUUCUAACUUUUCUCAGAUAGAUGGCUUUUAUUUUUUUUUAUUCCUUUUGAGAAUAUAGCGGUUAUUCACCAUCACUCAGGUUUGAACCCGACAUCUCUCACUUGGAAAGAAAGGCACCAAAGCUGGUGGUAGAUGGCUGUUAUAUCUGAUGCUGCUAUCUUGUAUAAAAUUGUUUCUGGUCAUUCAUCAGUUUGAUGGCGUUAGGAUGGUUAAGACAAUUCUGUAUUAUAAUUGUAUACGUACUGCAUUUUCAUAAGAUUUCUUAUUUUGGACCUUCCAUUUGCUCCUUUGGAUCUUCCCUCUGCUUCUCUAGUUGUAUUGCUGGUACAAUCUGAAGUUCCCUGAAUCUAUGUUUC